UAUUCGCUCCACCCCAGGGAGGUGCGUCACACAGUUUGGAAAACGCUGCCUUAGAUUGUGUAAAAAAUGAGUUUCUUUUUCAGGGCGCUUUACGAGAAAAUCGUGUUUCUUGAGCAGAAGAAUAGAGAGCAGGAGAUUAUAAUAACGAAUAUGAGCGAUCGGAUUUCGGCCAAUUCCACGGUGAUGUCGUCGCUUCCGCUGCGCUACUGCAACGGGAAUUACGUCUGGUACUUGACCGAUUUCAAGAACAAACUGAACACGAUGAAGAACAAUCAACAUGUUAUGUACUACAGUCCGGGAUUUUAUACGUCCUGCAACGGUUACAGGCUGUGCUUGAGAUUCAAUCUAUCACCGAACGAUUCCAAUUACGUCGCUCUCUUGGUGCACAUGAUGCGCUCCAAACACGAUAACACCUUGGAUUGGCCGUUCAGUGGAAAGUUGGUCCUCACCAUCGUCCAUCCGCUGCAAUCGUUCAGGAAUAUAAAGGAGACAAUCAUGACGAAGCCGGAUCUGGGCGCUUUCCAGAGACCCACCGAGGAGAUGAACCCCAAGGGUUACGGUUACAAAGAGUUUGCGCUCCUCGAAGAUCUUUUGGCCAACAACUUCGUCGACGAUUCCAAUCAACUGAUCAUCAAGGUCACUGUACAACCCGUCUAAGUAGUAAAUCACUUGCAAUUACACCAUUAGAGACACACUCAAUUAAAUUCCGUCCAAUUACGUCUAAUUUAUUAUAAUAUAUUUACAUUUACACAUACAGAGCGAUAAACUUUUACUUAAGUUACAUACAUACACACACAUUUAGGUGGGAAAAACAUUGACGCUGGGAAAGAAGGGAAAUCAUGAUCAGCGUUGAAAAGAAAACAAAAAAAACAGAAAGGAAUCGAGAGGAUCUUUUUGGUCUUUAGAAACUCGCACACUGAGAUCAACGUUACACGAGAGCGUUUCAAACUAAUCAAACUGUUGUUGCCAUGGAGAAUCAAACAAUUAUUGUCUUGUCAUAGAUGACUUUUUUUAAAGAAAUAAACAUCUUAUCAAACAAAUGAAAAACAUUUUGAAUUGGAAGCGCGACUGGUUUAAUAUAAAAUAACAAAUAGAGGAUAAAAAAAUAAUAAUAAUAUAUAUAUAUAUAUUUAGCGAGGAACCUAAAUAAUAUGCAAGAGCAGUAAAAAUACAACAGAUAUAAAAUAUAUAUCACAAAUAUAAAGA